AUGGUUAGACACAUUGUUAACUGCAAGACAAAGGCUGAUGUCGAGCCAGCCAAGAAGUUGGUCGAAGAGCAAGGAGGCAAGAUCGUAGAUACCUACACUCUAAUUCCUGCAUUUGUUGUCGAUAUGCCAAAGGAUUCAGUCAGUGCUUUCGAGAGCAGCCCACACAUUGAGACCGUCGAGCUUGACAGCGAAGUGAAGACACAGGGUUAA